AUGUACUCUCAAAAAACGCUUGCAUCGGAAGCGUGCAUCGAAGAUCAGAUGAUGCAAACCAGGAUGAUCAAGUACGACGUCGUCGUACUGACCGAGACGAGAAGGCGUCGCCCGCUGCAUGCUGUAUUCGAGACUGGAGAAGAACUGUUCCUUGUAACAUGCGACAUCAGAGGCGCCGGCGGUGAAAGUGUCCUCAUCACGCACUUGGCCAUGAACAUCGAUUCGCACGAAAGCUUGACAGCACGAAUCGGACGUUUGCGAUUGAGAAGAUGUGGCUGA